GGAUGAGGCCAGUGCGACUCAUGAAGGUGCUCGUCACCCGCAGGAUCCCUCCCGAGGGCAGGGCUGCGCUCGCCCGGGCCCCAGACUGUGAGGUGGAUCAGUGGGAUUCGGAUGAGCCCAUCCCUGACAAGGAGCUGGAGCAACGUGUGGUGGGGGCCCAUGGCCUGCUCUGCCUGCUCUCUGAUCAUGUGGACAAGAGACUCCUGGAUGCUGCAGGAGCCAAUCUCAAAGUCAUCAGCACCAUGUCUGUAGGUGUUGACCACCUGGCUUUGGAUGAAAUCAAGAAGCGUGGGAUCCGAGUGGGCUACACCCCCGAUGUCCUGACUGAUGCCACUGCAGAACUCGCCGUCUCCCUGCUGCUCACGACCUGCCGCCGGUUGCCAGAGGCCAUUGAGGAAGUGAAGAACGGUGGCUGGACGUCGUGGAAGCCUCUCUGGAUGUGUGGCUACGGACUCACACAGAGCACUGUUGGCAUCAUUGGGCUCGGGCGCAUAGGCCAGGCCAUUGCUCAGCGUCUGAAACCAUUCGGCGUCCGGAGAUUUCUAUACACAGGGCGCCAGCCCAGGCCUAAGGAAGCAGCAGAAUUCCAGGCAGAGUUUGUGUCUGCCCCCCAGCUGGCUGCCCAGUCUGAUUUCAUUGUCGUGGCCUGCUCCUUGACGCCUGCAACCAAGGAGCUCUGCAACAAGGACUUCUUCCAGAAUAUGAAGAAAACAGCCGUGUUUGUCAACAUCAGCAGAGGUGACGUCGUAAACCAGGACGACCUGUACCAGGCCUUGGCCAGUGGUCAGAUUGCAGCUGCUGGACUGGAUGUGACAACCCCAGAACCACUGCCUACAAACCACCCUCUCCUGACCCUGAAGAACUGUGUGAUCCUGCCCCACAUCGGUAGUGCCACCCACGGAACUCGCAACACGAUGUCCUUGCUGGCUGCUAACAACUUGCUGGCUGGCCUGAGAGGGGAGCCGAUGCCCAGUGAACUCAAGCUGUAGCCAAAAGGGGGAGGGGACAUCGAGGGCUGGGAGGCAAACAGUACCUUGGUGCUCUGCCGGAUGCGCCCAGGCUUUAUUUGGACCCACAGGCGGGAAGCCAAGGAAAAUGCCUGUUCUGUCCUGAUUCUGUGAGGGAACACUGGUGCUGAUAGAUGUGCUUGUCCCCUUUGUGGUUAGACACACCUGAGUCAGAGUGUUUAAUUCUGUUAUUAAAUAAUUAUCUUAAAGA